GACUCUCUGUUGUAACGAUUUCAACUUGGUCACUUCGCAUAGCCUCCCCAUUGACACAGAUGGAGCGUCAUCUUCCUCAAGCUCUUCCAAAGAACGUUCUGCAGACUCUGCCAUGCAGCCUUCCAACAUCACGUCUUCAUGAGUCCGUCGAUGUCGAAGGCAUUGCUAAGCACUUUGUUCAAUCUCUAGCUUGUCUCAGCUCUGAUAUUCUCUCCGCACAACCCAUAUGGCGGGAUCUGUUUGCACUCAGAGGCACAUUGAGGACGAGCUAUUCUACUCACGCAAUUCUUCGUGGCUGGUCUACUAUCUGCCGCAGUCGACAAGCUCGCUCGGGGAGGGGUUUUAGACCUAACAAAAAUACGAGUUGGCUUCAUGUCGGCUUCAAAUUCAGGGUGGCCGCAGCCCCAGCAGCCGAGUGCCAUGGGUUCCUCGCGUUGGUGCUCGAAGAGGAUGAUCAGUGGAGGAUUUGUACUAUUAGAACAAUCUUUGAACUACUGGUCGGAUGUGCCGAUGUGGACACUCUUCCGGAAGUGGACGAUCAGGACCGUGACUUCGCCAACCGCACUACCCAUGUUGACGAACAUAACAUCACCAACAGUGCACACAAACCUACAAGCAUUAGAAAUGGAACAUGUCAUACGUCACAGUCCACAUACUAUGAUGCCAUCGUUGCUGGUGCUGGUCAAGCGGGUUUGAGCACGGCCGGGCGUCUCCAGACGCUGGGAGUUAAUUAUCUAGUACUUGAAUCGCACUCAAAGGCUGGGGAGAAUUGCGCAGUUCGCUAUGAAUCGGCGAAGCUUCAUACUCCCCGCGACUAUAACCAGUUGCCCUUCGGCCGGAUAUUUCCUUCGUCAUAUCCAGAAUAUUUAGGAAAGCACGACAUCCUCCGAGGUUACAAGGAUUUUAUUCACAAGUAUGUGACCAGGGCUGGAAGAGAGGAGAUGAUAACCUGCCGACAUCUGGUAGUAGCUGUUGGCAGCGGAGGACAGAUACCUAUUAUGCCUAUAUUCCCUAAUCGAGAAGAUUUUCAAGGCGAGGUCCUGCAUUCUGUGGACUACAGCUCGGCAGAGGCAUGGGCGGGGAAAAGAGCGAUUGUAGUUGGGACGGCCAACACGGCGCACGAUGUCUCGUCGGAUAUGGUUGACGCAGGGCUCAAGUUGAUCACCAUGGUACAGCGGAGCCGUACUUAUGUCAUUCCGGCUGAAUAUUUCAAAGUGAUUUCGGACCGAACAUAUAAUGGUACAGUGCGAAUCGACGACGCUGACCGCGAACAGUACAGCCAGCCUCCUGCGAUUUCUCGAUUACUGGGUAUAAUGAGUUUACAUGCCAUGGCGAGUAAGGAACCCGAAAGAUUCGAUGCCCUAGAGAAGGUGGGAUUUAGAGUAGAGCGAUAUGGCGACAUCUCAUACCAGAUCAUCGAGAAAAUGGGCGGACACUAUAUUGAUGUGGGCUGCUCUGAGAAGAUUUCCAAGGGAUUGAUCAAAAUUAAACCCGACGCUCUUAUCCCGCCAGAUGUGAUCGUCUUUUGUACGGGUUUCCGAGGCAACAUGCGAACCAACGUGGUGGAGCUUUUUGGCAGAGAUAUCGCUGCCCAAGUCGAUGAUUUCUGGACUUUAGAUUCCGAGGGAGAACUCAAAGGCGCCUUCAAGCCUACUAGUCACCCUAGAUUAUGGUACAUUUGGGGCACCAUUGGAUAUUGUCGCUAUUUUUCUCGACAUGUCGCUCUGCAAAUCAAAGCGGAUUUGAUAGGGACUCCAUUGCCCAUUUACAACAGUCAACGGAGAACAGGAGAGCACUGUUGAGAGACUAUUCAUGGCACUCUCAUAUCGACUUUGAGUAGCGCAAUUUUAAAACUGGUCUAAAUCAAUAUUGAUAGAUUGAUUAAUAUAAACGUAAUAUUCC